GGUUCCUGCCAACCAACUUUAGAAAUAAUUCCAUGUUCGUGAGAAGUCUGCAAGAACCACAAACCAAACCUCAAAAUAGAUUCGAAGAGAAAAUACUCCUAGAAAAAAUUUCCCUUCCUAUCAGAAGCAGACCAGAAGGAAGCUUACGUUCCCACUUACAAGUUCCCCAGAAAGCUUCAUCUAGAAGGUUGUUACUUUCUUCAGACACACAGCGGGUCACUCUUUUCUGAGGCUCUUGCCUCUUCCAUGGCCUCUUCCAGAGACUAAGACACCAAUCUGGAGAGCGCCAUGGGCCUCCGGACCACUAAACAGAUGAGGAGAAGCACAAAACAAGCCUCUGGUCACCACGAGGAUCAUAUGGCAAAGGAGCCAGUGGAAGACACGGACCCUAGCACUUUAUCCUUUAACGUGUCAGACAAAUACCCCAUUCAAGAUACAGGACUCCCUAAAGCUGAGGAGUGUGAUCCAAUUACUUUGAACGGCCCAACAAAUUCUGAUGCGCCACAUGAGGGAGAAGAAAACGGCUUUCCAGACAGUACUGGAGAACCCCUUUCAGAUAUAAGCAGAGGCGAGUCCUGCAAGGAGGACUGCACUUGUUCUGCCUGCUUGCUCCGGGCCCCCACCAUAAGUGACUUACUCAAUGAUCAGGACUUACUAGACGUCAUCAGGAUAAAGCUGGAUCCGUAUCACCCGACAGUAAAAAACUGGAGGAAUUUCGCAAGCAAAUGGGGCAUGCCCUAUGACGAACUGUGUUUCCUGGAGCAGAGGCCUCAGAGCCCCACCUUGGAGUUCUUGCUCCGGAACAGUCAGAGGCCGGUGGGCCAGCUGAUGGAGCUCUGCAGGCUCUACCACAGGGCUGACGUGGAGAAGGUCCUGCACAGAUGCAGUUUGUUGAAUCAUCUUCAGAAUGUAAUGACACUCUGGGCCUACUAGUGUUAAAAAAAUCGUUCCCUCCGAAACAUUGUAACCGAAACAUAUAUGACUACAUCCGCCCCAAGAAGUGAGGAGAAACGUUCACCCAGUUUGUUGCAUGAUUUCCUGCUUGCGAAUUCACACUCCACUUCCGAGCCCUGUACGCUUGGGUAUAAAUGGAUGAGAGCAAGUCUUGCUUCUUCGGGGUCUAGAGACGCCCGUGUUGGGGGUCCCUGGGUGGCUCAGUUGGUUGAUCUUCCGAGUCUUGAUUUCGGCUCAGAUCAUGAUCUCACAGUUCGUGGGGUCGAGCCCCGAGUCGGGCCCUGUGCUGGCGGGGUGAAGCCUGCUUGCGACUCUCCCUCCCUCUCUCUGCUCCUCCCCACUCACGCUGUCUCAGUCUCUCUCAAAAUAAAUAAAUAAAAACUUAAAAAAAAAGAAAACAUUUAUAGAGAAGCCUAUAGCCGUGGUGCCCCGGCUGGAGCCUUGGACAGGUGGGUGCCGCAGCUGGGGAACUCAUCACCUGGACGCCCACAGCAGAGGGCGGCCUGUCGUCUGUCCUCCUGGGGCUGUGCUUAGCUGAGUAUGCCUGUAGAAACGAACACCACCCUUCAACUGAAGUGAUCAAAGCAGUCAACGGUGCAACUCGAGAUGAAAUGGUUGAGUUAUUAACCCCUUUGGGAAUGUAAAAAAGGGUAGCUUCUCACAGCUUCCCAAGCUGAGCCGUGCCCUUCUGUGUGCCAUGACAGCUGGCCAUUCCUUUGAGGCAUGCCUUCAGAGGCUUCUGGGAGGACGCAUCGUCAGCUGAUAAAGGCAAUGCUUUUAAACUACUGAAUUUUUGUGAUACUCUAUUUAUAUACCUUAAUGGCAUGCUUUUUAGGCUGCCCUCAUUUUGAUCCCUCGUAUGAUUUCGUAUUUGUCUUAUAAAUAACUAAAGAUUAUUGUGACUAUAAUAAUGGGUACUACAAAAUUAGA